AUGUCGGGCUUUGAUUACUCCAAGUGGGACCGCCUGGAGAUCAGCGAUGACGAGUCCACGUUCCACCCGAACUUGGACACGGGCCUCAACAUCCGCGUCAACAGAAUAACCAGAGAUAGAAAGGAGGAGGAGAUCAACACCGAGAAGGAGAAGCUGGUGUCGCAGGGCUACGCCGACAAGGCGGAGAAGUUGGAAUCCAAGCGCCCGCUGCACAUCGGCAACGUCUGCCACGUUGCGGAGGAGCGCACGAUCAUCCAGUCCUCGGACGGAAGCCGCAAGGAUAAGCUGAAGAAGGGGGAGGAGAGCUUCAGCGUGGAUGACUACUCCAGCUUCAAGGAAGAUAACAAGGACAUUUUGAACAAGUUCGCGAACGCCGACUGGGAACUCUCCGAGGCGUUGUGCAAAGAGUGCCCUCGCGCCCCCUAA